AUGACGAACCGGAACGCUCGAAAAGCUGCCCCUGCAAGCGCCGCAAAAGGCACUGCUUCCAGGAAACGUCGCGUCUCCGUCAGCUCCACCUCCACCUUUGAUCUCUCCUCCAACGACAACUACUCUGGUGUCGACGACAUUAGCGAUGACGAGGACGACAAUGAAGACGACGUCUUUGCGGUCGAGGAGCAGGCUAUCAUGGGUGAAGCCAGCCCCGCCUCUACUCCUCGACCGCAUACUUCCUUCAAUGGAUGGGUUCACAAUGCCUCUGACCAGGAUGACUCUUCUAACGACGAUGACGAUGGUGACGACGCCGACGACGACGAUGACAAUGAAGACGACGACGAGAACGGCUCCAUAGCCGCACAUGAACCCACAGACGAAGAUGAAGAUGACAACGCCAGCUGGCAAGGCAUCAAGUCGGAUAGUGCCGACCUCAACGCGGAAGAACUCUUCAACGUUGACGUCGAGAUUCCUACCCAGAGGCGCGUCCGCUUCAACGUCCCCACUGAUGAGUCGUCCGACGAGUCGACUGAAGACGAUCAUGCUAGCAUGUUCCCCGACAUUUUUGUUGACCAGUCAACCCUGGAUCCUAGUUUCCGUCGGCAGAUUGAGAAUGAGUACGACGAGUCAUCAGCUUCUGACUCCUUCUGGGAUCACACUGCCCUAUACAAUGAUGGGCUGGACGAUGAGUCAGAUACAGAGAAGGUGUAUAGCGGGUUACAUACGCCCUUCACCGAGGACCAGACGCCCGUAGUCUCGUCCACGACUCUGGACCCUACCUUUGGUGACAUGGAUAACAUCGAUCUCGAUGGAUACGAGACCGAUGGGGAAUCUACCGAGGACGAAGAUGUUCCCCACCCUCCCAUCUGCCGCAAAGUGUCCUACUCAUCGUCUGUCUCAGACAAUGAGGAGUCGGCGUCGGAGACGGAGGAAUCCGUCCGGCACCGCACGGACCAACCGCGUGUCUCGCGCUUCAGUCUCGAUAAACUAAAGAAGAAGCCUAUGGCCGUAUACAACACCAAGACGGGCAAGAUGAUGAUAUUCACCCCUGAUCGCCAGCAGCGACUCGAUCUCUCGCCAGAGCAGUUUCGCCUCGACUCGUUCAGCGGCCUGCAACCAUGGCCCAUGGACGAACAAAUGUCCCCCAUUGUCGGAAACAAUACCAACCUGAUGUUUGCUUCCUUUGCGCCCAGCAUGAUGUUAAAUCCGAACAUGGACAUGGACGGGUUUGACGGCCUCUUUGGCGGUCUAGAUACGGGAACGUCAGCAAUAGACCACAGCUCGCCCAGUCUGGAGAAUGAGUCAGCGAGGGAGUCGGAUCGCGACCCUGAGGUCAGCCUCCGGGUGUCCGACUUUCUCGACCUGGACAAUGGCUCUUCCUCGGAAGACGAGGUUGAUGACAGUUCUCCCGUCAAGCCCACCAACCCUUCGUCGACACCCAUGCGUCCCACCACGGCCUCAAGCGACGCCGCCGAUGUACUGGGUCAUCUCAACCCCGCCGUCGUCGGUGCCUUCCGCCGCAAUCAGACCAACUCACAGCUUAUUCGCAACGGAGCCACCCAGGAUUCGCUCGACUUCAGCGGGCCCUUUAACAGCACCGCCAUCAGAGGCAUUCGCUCGGACCGCUUUGACACGGCUGCUGUACCCCUGACACCGGUGAGGAGACACAAGAAGCAGCUGAGCGAUCUGGGUCGCAGUCCCCUUGACUCCUUGUCUGCCAAGCGUAAAGCUCCCAGCGAUGCGGCCACGGCUGCUACGGGGCACAAGAAACAGAAGAGUAUUUCUGAUGUAGGAGCACUGCAACUAUAA